UGUGACGUAUUCCGCAGCUGUCGGAAAGGCAGCGGUAGCAGAGCGUUGUGCAGAAUAACAGAAGCAUUAUCAGCUAUUAAACAGCGAUGUAAUGCCCUGAUCAUCCUGGUACCGAAAGAGGGAACCCCCUGGCCACAGGCCCGCUGUGACCAUGGCCUCAGAACUCCACGAAGCAAUAUUCACAGCCAAACAAGAACGACACAAGAACCUCUUCCUAAACUAUAGGAACCUGAACAUCUUUCCCGUGGAGCUCCUUAAAGAUGAGGGUUUGCAGUUCUUGGAAAGGCUCUACAUGAAACGAAACUCCCUCACGACACUGCCUGAUAAUCUAGCACAGAAGCUUCCCAACCUGAUUGAAUUGUAUCUGCACUCAAACAAUAUUGCCAUCAUUCCGCAAGCUAUUGGGAACCUCGUCAAACUGCAGUCUCUGGAUCUAAGUGACAAUGCACUGCAGGUGAUCUGCCCAGAGAUUGGACGGCUGCGGUCAUUACGGCAUCUGCGAUUGGCCAACAACCAGCUGAAGUUCCUUCCACAAGAACUGGGCGAUUUGAAGGAGCUGGAGACUCUGGACGUGUCCAUGAACCUUCUGCGGACUCUUCCAGAGCGGCUUGCCCAGUGCCUGUCCCUGCAGUGCCUGACCGCUGACCGCAACCGGCUGCACUGCAUCCCCCGGCAACUCUGCCUGCUGCCUGACCUCAACGAGCUCUCCAUGGCCGCCAACUGCCUGACCUCGCUGCCCCUGGAUCUGGGGCGCUCCAUGGAGCUGCAGUUUGUGUUCGUGGACAACAACGUUCACCUCAAAGGCCUGCCGUCUUACCUGUAUAACAAGGUCAUUGGCUGCAGUGGGUGUGGUCUGUCCCUGCAGGUGUCUGAUGUGAAACAGCUGUCGCUGGCCCUCGGAGAUCUAAGUGUGCCUCUGCCUUCAGAAGUGAAAUCUAUUGGCUCAGAGGCUGACCGGGUGCUGACCCUGGAGGAGAUGGCCAUGAGGACGCUGCAUGUAGCCUACAGCCGGCCCAGGAAAGAUGCGAAGUUCUUGUCCCCAUCCCUGCUGCCCAACAGUCUGCUGGACCUGCUUCAGUGUCCACUUGGUCACUGCCACCGCUGCAGUCAGCCUAUGUUCACUAUUGUCUACCCCAAGCUUUUCCCCCUCAGAGAGACUGCGCUGGCUGGAGUACAUGGAAGAACAACAGUGAGUUUUGUGGCAUACUGCUGCUCCAGCCAGUGCUUGAAGAUGUUUGACCUGCAGGGCUGAUGAGUGUCUGGCCAUUCCCCAGUGUCAUCCACCAUGGUGCUCUCCUAGUCAGAAGUAAUGGGAGAAUAUUGUGACUCCGAACUGAUAUUAAAGUACCUGAAAACUAAAGGUUCACUACAGACUAACAAAGAACAUUGCUUUUUUCUGAAGGCCGGGGCAGAUGGAGAGGUUUGAGCACCCCAUCAGAGUAUACUAGGCUAUUCAUCAGCUUCUGGCAGCAGUCAGUAUGGACUCUGUUUCUUAGACAUUUUUCGAAAUGAAUGUUGAGAGAAUAGCUAAGAAUGCUUUUAUCUUUUUUAGCUGGCAAAGGCUGGUGCUCUCCAAAAUUUUUCAUCUUCAUGAACAUCAAACUUCUAGAAAGAGUAGAGCUGUCAUGAAAAGAUGUAUUUUUGAAUAGAGAUUUUUACUUGAAGGAUUUUUUGGGGCAAUUUUAGGUGAUGUUUUUCAUAUAUUACUAAAAUAUUUAUUCUUCUGGAGAUUUAUCUCUGUUUUGGAGAUACCUUGUGUGAAACUUUUGAAUAGUAGCUUUCAUGACAGGUGAACCCCUAAAAAUAAAUCUAGUUUGUUAUUAAAGACAGAAUUAAAAAUAAUUUCAUUCUGUUGAAUAUUCGCUCACAGCGGACCACAGGCAGACUAUGAACUUGCGGUGAAAUGUCAUCUGAAUGUAAGUUAAAGGUUAUACAGGCUAUUUAAAGGAAUUCAUCAGCGUUACCCAAACUUGUCUCUGUUCACCACAUCUAUAUUGUACCUUCGAUUACCACAGAGAAUGAUUCAGACACGUUUCCUGUUGACUCAAAACUGGCCAUAGGGCGGUUGCUUUGAGGGCCCAUUUCAGUGAAAACUGAAUUUUUUUAAAUAAGGCACAGUACAGGGCAGCUGAUCAGAUCAGAGCAAAUAAAAAUAUGACUGAUUUUGGAACAUGAAUACACACAAAUGACAUAGGGGGAAAAUAUAUAGGGAAGACAAAUAUGGCCAACAUUUCAACCAUAUAAGUGAUAAAACAUGUUUUUCCCUCUAGAAAACAAACUCCAUACAAAUUAUACAGAAUUAAUAAUUGCUGUUGUCGGAACAAAACCUUGUAUCUCCAAAAUGGUAACGUUACAGGAGAAGGAAAAAAUACUUUACUUUUAAUGUAAGUCAAUGGAACCAGACU